AUGGUCCCUUCCGAGACAGUUGUUUGCGUAAAACAAGUGAAGCAAAACGCGGCAGAAGAAUGGGACGAAACGAUGCCGUUGCCUGGAGAUAUAAUAGAAGGCGUAGCAAAAGACGGUGCGGAUGCCUCUUUUGUUUCGGCCAAGGCUAGAUCCGAACUCAGCUCUCAUCUCGGCAAAAUAAACCGCGUGGCAGAUAGUGUGUGGUUGAAGGUGAGAAGGGGCGAGGGUACGGUGAAACUCCGCGCGUGUGUUGUACCGGAUAAAACCCUUAAGCUGCAGAAAAUGUUCACCGUUAGAGCAGCCUCCAACGAGAGACACGUCGCCGUUCUUGCGGAUUUGACUUUCGAAGAGUGCUUUCAACUCCAAGAGAUGAGUAGAAGAGUAGUGAAUUUAGAUUUUAAAGGAUUUCAUCGAAAGGGAAUGAAAUACGACUGGAAACAUAAAGUGGGUUCGUAUUUGCCCGAUCGAAGAUCGACUGUAGUUAGUUCGAUUCUGUUCAUGCCUCUCGUAAGAGAACGCGGCAUAGAAGCACUCACCGUGAGAGUGAUGGCCUGGUUUUCUGCGGCAGUUUCUUCGGGAAUUCCGCUUGUUUUCAUCAACAUUCAAACCGAACAGACGAUCACUUCAGACGCAGGCAAAGAGUUGGCUUGGAGUAGACAAGAAAAUAUCAAUACAACAGUUAAUAUUGUACAAGGUAUAAGAUUUUGGUUCUUACCUGGUGUUGCUGAGGUGGCACUGCAGCUAUCUCCCGAACAUGGGGAAACCCGAUUCGGCAUGGAAAUUAAACGAACUGAAGAGGGGUUUAUCGGCAUUUACUCGAUAACAACGGGGACAGCGGCUGAGCGAGCUGGCCUCGGUGAACUAUUCAAGCAGGCAAAUAGAAUGGGGCAUAUGCUUGUGAUAUCGAGGCUACAAGGGAAGAGUUUGAUGCCUUCGACCGUUGACUCGGAAGGAUUAAUUCAUUGCUGCGACAACGGUGAUAUUAAGGAAGCGCUAUUUUCGGCACUUGAGAAAAUGGACAGUGUUCAGGUUCAUAUUAUGGGGUGGCCUAAUCAGACGGUUGCCGCCCCACCGGUGUCUGCUGCAGCAGCGCUCCGGCCACCGGAUUUCGUUUAG